UUGAUUUUUUUUAAAAUAGAAUUACUUAAGAAAAAUAAAUAUGAGAAAUCUUGAUUGACUAAAUGAACUAAUCAGUUAGAAAUUAUUAUACAUGCGAUUGCAGUUCUAGAUUAGUAACGUAAACCAUAGGCGUUGUGAACACUAGUACCUUAAGAAUUUGGUUUUGACAAUGGAGAAUAAAAAAAGAGGCAGAUGUCAAUGAUAAGGUCAACAGCCAAAAUAUUUCAAAGUGAGUCCUCUUUUCCAAUAAUUGUAACAGUUAUCUAUAUUACAAUGCCAGAGCCACAAUUCCAUUUAAUGUAUUUUAUCCAAAGUUUCUGCUUCUUCCCCUUCAUAGAUGUUGUGAAAAUAAAGCAUUCUUCAUAGUAGAGCACUAUCGAAAGUGCUCGAUUAAUUUUGGAUUAGAUUGUAAUAAUUAAAAGUGAUGACGGUCGAGUUAGUGAAUGCGUUGAAGAAAAUUAGUACUUCUUUGAUUAUUUGAGUGUCAAAGAAUUGAAGAUAGGCAUUAAAUACAAUUCAAGCGUGCACUGACCUCUCUGCUGUAAGUCCAAAUCACUAGAAACAUAUUUUUCCACUUACUAUAUGUAUUAUAUGAAGAUAAAGAUCCGUAGACAACUUGUUCAAGCUCGAUAUUUGUAGAAGCAAGAAACAUGAGCAUGGAAGAAGCAAAAGAAAAGAAAGAAAUUGAGAAUGAGGACAUGGAAGAGACACAGUAUGAAGCAGAGAAAUUAGAAAGAGCCCAACCAUGGACAAAGCAAAUCACUAUAAGAGGACUGCUAGUGAGUGUUGUGAUAGGGGCCAUCUAUAGUGUUAUAACCAUGAAGCUGAACCUGUCAACUGGGAUGAGUCCUAAUCUAAAUGUUUCUGCAGCACUUCUUGCUUUUGUUUUUAUCAGAACAUGGACAAAAACGCUUCAUAAGGCAGGAUAUGUAGCCAAGCCCUUUACCCGGCAGGAGAAUACUAUGAUUCAAACUUGUGCAGUUGCUUGUUAUAGUAUAGCUUUGGGAGGUGGGUUUGCUGCUUACCUUUUGGGAUUAAACAGGAAGACAUAUGAGUUGUCAGGGGAACAUACUGAGGGGAACUCUCCAAGAGCUAUUAAGGAACCUGGAUUUGGUUGGAUGACUGGCUUCCUUUUCCUAGUUUGCUUUGUUGGCCUUUUCGUCUUAAUUCCACUUAGAAAGAUCAUGAUUGUAGACCUCAAGUUGACUUAUCCAAGUGGCUUGGCAACUGCAGUUCUCAUCAAUGGCUUUCAUGCCCAAGGAAAUAAGAUGGCUAAAAAACAAGUCCGUGGGUUCAUGAAGUACUUCUCAAUCAGCUUCUUGUGGGCAUUUUUCAAGUGGUUUUUUACAGGGAAAGAAGCAUGUGGGUUUGCACAGUUCCCUACUUUUGGAUUGCAAGCUUGGAAGCAAACAUUUUUCUUUGAUUUUAGCGCCACUUUUGUGGGAGCAGGGAUGAUUGUUUCCCACCUAGUGAACUUGUCUUUGCUUCUGGGCGCUGUCCUUUCAUAUGGGAUUAUGUGGCCACUUAUUGAUAAGCUCAAAGGAGAUUGGUUCCCUGAGAAUUUAGAAGGAGAUGCUAACAUGAAGGGCUUGUAUGGUUACAAGGUUUUUAUAUCAGUUGCUCUAAUCCUAGGAGAUGGGCUUUACAGUUUCGUCAAGAUAAUGAGUUGUACAAUCAUUAACAUCCAUAGCAGAUUAAGGAGCAGCAACCUCAAUACAGAGGCUUUGGAUGACCCGCACAAGUCACUUGAUGAUUUAAAACAAAACGAAUUCUUCCUCCGAGAGAAGAUACCCAUGUGGAUAGGAGCUGUUGGAUAUGUCUUAUUCUCCAUUAUAUCCAUAAUUGCUGUCCCAAUAAUAUUCCCACAGCUUAAAUGGUACUACGUUGUUGUUUCUUAUAUUCUUGCUCCGUCUCUGGCAUUUUGCAAUGCUUAUGGUGCUGGUUUAACAGACAUAAACAUGGCCUAUAAUUAUGGCAAAGUUGCUCUCUUUGUACUAGCAGCACUGUCUGGGAAAGAGAACGGUGUCGUUGCAGCUCUUGCCGGGUGUGGCCUUAUAAAAUCUGUCGUUUCUGUUGCCUGCGUACUUAUGCAGGAUUUCAAAACAGCCCAUCUGACUUGCACAUCCCCAAGAGCAAUGUUCAUGAGCCAAGUUAUUGGCACUGCCGUUGGUUGUGUGAUGGCUCCUCUCACCUUCUUCCUCUUCUACAAGGCAUUCGAUGUUGGAAAUCCAAAUGGAGAGUUUAAAGCUCCUUAUGCACUAAUCUAUAGAAACAUGGCAAUUCUUGGUGUUCAGGGGUUCUCGGCUUUGCCUCAACAUUGUUUGCAGCUUUGUUAUGGUUUCUUUGGUUUUGCAGUGGCAGUUAACCUGGUAAGAGAUCUCUCGCCACAGAAAUUUGGACCAUGGAUGCCACUUCCAAUGGUUAUGGCAGUGCCUUUCCUUGUUGGGGCUUACUAUGCCAUUGAUAUGUGUGUUGGAAGUUUAAUUGUUUUCACAUGGAAUAAAAUCAACGCCAAGAAGGCAGAGUUUAUGAUUCCAGCAGUUGCUUCAGGAUUACUGUGUGGAGAAGGACUAUGGACUCUUCCUGCUGCUAUACUUGCUUUGGCCAAAAUAAAUCCACCAAUCUGCAUGAAAUUUGUACCUUCCUAGUCCUACAGAAAUCUAUUGAAAAUAAAGAUUCAUGGCAAGGCAAUCCAUGAUUCAGGAUUUGAGUAGAAAUGUACUCUUGCACUGCAACCCAUUAGCAUGCCCUUUUAGUUGCAACUUAAAACAGUUACUGUAGAUGAGUUUUAAAUAGCUCAAUGAUAUUGAAGUCAUUUUUAA